AUGCCGACGGGCACUGUACAACCGCAGGUUCGUUUCAGUUUGUAUAUGGCCUAACUUUCGCCACCGGUGGCCUAGAAUCCGACAUGCGCCUUUUUUCUACGGCGUCUCGCUCCAUUUUGUACUAUACUGGUGGCCUAGAAUCCGUAAACCGCGUGCGUUUGACGUGAAGCCUUCAAGCGCACAGAGCCAAUUCCCAAAUGGCAAUUUUUCAAAAAUCUCAAAGCAUCCCUCUCUCCACGAUUCAUUAUAAACGCGGAGAGGGACCACAUAGGAAAAAGUGAGACCACAAUAUUUAUUUUGGAGAGCCGAACCUUGAGCAGGAGGAGGAGGAGGAGGAGGAGAAGAAGGAAAUGAACAUGGAAAACAAGGGAGCAAGAAAAUUGAUUGGAUAUGCAUAAUAUAAUAAUGUGUGUGUGUGUGUGUGUGUGUGUGUGCAGAUAUUAUACAUUUCCACGAAUUCUGGCACGGUCGAGAUCCUAGGCCAUCAAACUUUUUUCGAAUGCUACUCUACAUCGUCUUUGUGCUCUUUUUUCACUUCUUCUUUUCAAUGUACAUAUCCCCCCGGGGGGGCAUCCGAUGGGUUUUGUGAAAACUGCGCGCGAGGUGGGAAGAACAUGAGGAGAUGUGAAAUUCGAGACGUUGACCAAAUAAUGCACGCACCAAGAGAGAGAGAGAGAGCCCCCUCCCCCUCCCCUUAUUUCGAUGUCUUCCACACGGCUCCGGUUACCGAGGAGAGUAUUGGCUCAAAAUCAUAUGGAAAAGGGUUAGGGGGAGGGGCCAGAGUGAAUUUAAUAGAAAACGCAGACGAUCCUGAAUCCGAAUCCGUCUCAAAAACGCACAGCAGAGUUGAGCGGAAGAACACGGACGGAAGAAUUUUUAUAUCUUUUUUAGAAAAUUUUUUCAUGCAAUGUGAUCAAUUGACGAAAUGUAUAGAAAAGUGUGCUCUGCUCAUAGAAAAAUAAUUGUAAAUUUAGCUUUUCAUACAAAAAAGUUAUUCCUUCCGUCUUCCGUUAGCCCCCUUUUUUCACGCAACAACUCGAAUAACUUUUUUGUAUGAAACGCUAAAUUCACAAUUAUUUUUCUAUGAGCACAGUUCACUUUUCUAUACAUUUCGUCAGUUGAUCACAUUUCAUGAAAAAAUUUUCUAAAAAAGAUAUAAAAAUUCUUGCUGUGCACAAUAUAUGAAAAUUUGAGCUCUUCCGCUCAACUCUGCUGUCGUUAAAAGUUGCUGGCCGACGCAAAACUGAUAGGGGGAAUCGACGAAAAAAUUAGCAUACGCCAGAAAAUGAAAGAGUAAACGGAACAUUUUUGCAGACGACCUACACAAGUACACAGAGGUACUGUACGGCGCCAAAUGUGGAGAUUGGCGAGUCGAAGACCAACCUGAUCAUCAACUAUUUGCCGCAAGGAAUGACUCAGGAGGAGGUGCGCUCGCUGUUCACCUCGAUCGGCGAAAUCGAGUCGUGCAAGUUGGUGCGCGAUAAAGUCACAGGUUGGUGCGCACAUCUUCAUGACGUCUCCUCCCUGGUGGCCUAGAAUCCUUCCUGGUUUUCUAGGCCACCGCUUCCCUUCACCUCCUUCAUUGAGUUUCACUAACUGUUCUGUCGCGUCUUCUUCUUCUUCUUGAACCUUUUCGCAUAGAAUUUCGAGCAGCAUUGAGCAUGAAUGAGCUUUUAGUAUGAAUAUGAAUAUAUAUUUAUAUAUAAUGAUUUUUUCUUGGAUUGAAUAUGUAGUUCUAUGUGUGUCCCCUCCCCCCAUCUUCUCAACCGUUUUCUCCUCUUAUUUUCCGUGACGUUCCUUCUCUUUCUCACACACACACACACACAUAUUCGCGCUGUAUUGCAGGGGAUUACGGUUCACCGCAACUAGUCAGAGAACCGUAAUCCCCUUGCACACGUCGCAGCGCAGCGCCGCGCAGCGCCGCCAUCACCAACAACAACCCACUAGUCUCUCGGCAGUCUCUUUUGGUGUUUUUCAUUGCAGGACAGUCCCUUGGUUACGGUUUUGUUAAUUACGUACGCGAGGAGGACGCCCUUCGCGCCGUCAGCUCGUUCAACGGUCUUCGCCUGCAGAACAAGACGAUCAAGGUCCGGUUCUUCAACUUCAACUUGCCUCCUCCACUUUUCUUUUUCUCAUUUUCCUUUUCAUUUCAAAUCUAUCCGACCCCGAUAUCACUCGUUUUUGGAUUAGAUUCCAUUCGAUUUCUCUAAACUCUUCUUUUUUUUUUUCGGGUGGAUAGAUCUAUGUGUGCUUUACUUUACUUUACUUUACUUUACCCCAGUUUUUUGAUAAGAAUCCCGCCCCCCGUUCAUUUUAAUUUGUUAGCUUGAGAGUAUGCCUGUGUGCCAAUGUGUCCUGUACUACUAAUUUGUUUCUGACUAUGAGAAACUUGUAAGGCACCGCGAAAAACUUUCGUGAAAUCAAAUCCGAUUCAACUUUUUUGGGGUUGCAGGUCUCGUACGCUCGUCCGUCAAAUGAUCAGAUCAAGGGAUCCAAUUUGUAUGUGUCGGGAAUUCCGAAAUCGAUGACUCUUCACGAGUUGGAGUCGAUUUUCAGGCCUUUUGGCCAGAUUAUCACCUCACGAAUUCUGUCGGAUAAUGUCACGGGUACGUCGUCGCUAGAAAUUCCCUAUAAAGCGACUUUUCGCCACUUUUCAGGCCUCUCAAAAGGCGUCGGAUUCGUUCGAUUCGACAAGAAAGACGAGGCGGAAGUGGCGAUAAAGACGUUGAACGGAAGUGUUCCGUCGGGAUGCGCGGAACAGAUCACCGUCAAGUUUGCCAAUAAUCCGGCGAGCAACAAUCCGAAGGGAAUGCUCAGCGAGUUGGAGGCGGUGCAACAGGCCGCCACGCUCGUCCCGCUGAGCACUAUUCUCGGUGCUCCGACGUUGCGGGCCGCGGGGAGCAUCGGUCCGAUUCAUCACGCGCCGAUUGCUGCCAAGUACAGGUGAGAGCAGUCGAAGUUGGUCUCGAAUCUGACAAUAUUUCAGAUAUUCGCCGAUGGGCGCGAUCACCGCCGCCUCGCAACAGACCGCCACGCUCCCGGCCGACUACUUGACGACGACGGCCCUCCUCCAGAUGUCGCAAUUGAACGCGCUCGCCAGUCUGGCCACCCCGUUCACCACCGCCGGCGCCGUUCCCGACUUUACCGCCUCGCUCAUCGCACAUCAGCAACAGCAGCAGGCCGCCGCCGUCGCCCAACAACAGCAACAUCAACAGCAACAGCAACAACAGGCCGGAAGCCCGCCGGCCACGUCCCAAGCCGGAGUCGCCGCUCAGGCCCAGUUGUCGGCUCUCUCGGCGUCUCUGGCGGCGACUCUUCCGCCCUCGGACACCGCUGGAUACUGUCUGUUCGUGUACAAUUUGGCGCCAGAGACCGACGAUACUUUGCUGUGGCAACUGUUCUCUCCGUUCGGCGCUAUUAUCAAUGUUAAGGUUUGACAUACAUCACGACAUUUCUGACGAUACCAAACCCUCCUCCCGUUUUCCAGAUUCUCCGCGAUUUGUCCCAAAAGUGCAAAGGCUACGCGUUCGUCUCGAUGAGCACCUACACAGAAGCGUACAACGCGAUGGUCUCGCUGAACGGCACCACUUUGGCCGGAAAGACUCUUCAAGUCGUUUCAAAAGUUCCACACCCUACCGUACUUAAAGCACUCUUUUUUUUCUUUGAAAUUGAUUGUAUUCCUCCGCUUGCCCCCACUGGUCACCCAUUCCAUUCACUUGUUUUGUGA